AUGGACGGUAACCGUUCCAGUCCUACACUGAGAAAAACGACAGGGAGCCGUACGCCGCAGGAAAGAGGAGCUGAGGAGCUACGAGCGCGCAAGCACCGCUCCAAAGCGUCAUCAGCUGCAGCGCCAACGCUUUUGCGCUUGCCAACGAGUCAUGGCGCCGGUGUGUUGCAGCCUACGCACGCAAACAACCCAGGGACUGAUCGGAAGGCCCAAGCCCGCGCGGAGCAUACCCGCGGUGACGCUAGUCAGGGCGGUGGUCUCGGACCUCGCCUUGAUCGCGUGCAACUGCGAGUGGACGUCGACUUUGCCGAGCGCAAACUACGCGGCCGAGCACUGCUCUAUUUCCAGGUACCGAAUGCACUGCGUCAGCCAGGGACGACAAAAUAUAAGGGAGACGCAUCCGAUACCCUAGAACUGCGCAUAAACCUCCGGUGUUGUGCGAUUCAGGCGGUAACCGUGAACGACCGCGCUGUGGAGUAUCGCUUGCAGAGUCCGCUCGACGGUACCGAGGUUAUGCAGGCUAUUGCUGAUAGAAUCUACCCUCCGCCAACAAUGGAGGAGCUGGAAAUGAUGCUCUCACGACAGGCUCGUCACGCCGCCCAUGGUGAGCUUCUGGUUUUCGUUCCAUGGUCGAUAUUGGGAGCCAGCCGAACCGCAGAGCCGCUGCCACCACCAGGGGAUCCCACUGCUGCCACGAACCCCGUGGACGUUACUGGAACAUCUCCGAAUGAUCUUUCAAAGUCGUCGUCCGAAGCACGAAGCGCAUGCAAAGAUCCACAAGCGGAGCCAGUUUCAGUGGCGGAAGCGGACGCGCUGGUGGACCGCAUACCUCGCUCAGAGACGGAGCCGCGCUCGACAACGGCACCACUGGGGACGAAAAUCGACGCGACUUGGACCAAACCGACUGUAAGCAUAGGUCUCCGUCUGCAGGUAGAGUAUACGACGCUUCCAGAGUCACCAGCGGUGCAUUUUUGCGGACAUGCUAACGGAGAGCCCCUUGACGUUUUCGAUGGCAGCGGAGCCGCUGAAGAUGCGCUGCUCUUCGACCAACGCCUGCCGGAGCAGCAGCAGCUGCUGCUGCUGCAGCAACAGCCUCUACCGAUUCUCGUGGAACACAUGUACGUGGAGUCGCACAGCGGUUUGGCGUCAACGUGGAUGCCGUGUCUGAACCCGCCGAACGCAGUGCUCGCCAACAGUGGAGUGCGCUGCGCCUAUGACCUGGAGAUAACCGUGCCAACUGGGAUGAUUGCGGUUGCCUCCGGGGAACUCAAAGGCAGCAGCCUAGAAGAGAGCACUGAGGCGGGUCGAGCAUCUCGCACACGUUUUGUUUUCCAGGUUCCGGAGCCAGUACUUGCGAGCGAUAUCGCGUUUUCUGCCGGCUUGUUUCGGGUGCUUCCCGAUCGAAUACGACCUCAGAGCGUCACCUAUUUUUGUUUACCUGGCUUUGUUCGCCAGUUAGUGAACACGGUAGACUUUUUGCCCGCGGCAAUGGAAUUCCUCGAGAACUAUUUUGGUGUGCCCUGUCCCUGCGCUUCGCUCAAGUUUGUCUUUGUGGAUGGAUUCGGCAUGCAUCUGCCGAGUGUGUAUCCCGGUGGAGGUCUCGUCGUGCUUUCCUCGAUUUUACUGUUCUCGGAUCGAGUCGUGGAUGACGUGUUUGACUCGCACCGGCGCAUGGUGACUGCGCUGGCAUCCUUCUGGAUGCGUCGCUUGCUGCGACCACUGCAUACUGCUGACCUCUGGUUGUUUGUGGGUAUCGAGGAAUACGUCGGUGCGCUCUGUCUCCGCAAGCUCUUCGGGAACACCUGGUUCCGUCUGUAUUUACGGGACGCGAUGAAGUCGCUCGUGGAAUCUCCAGGCUCGCUGCGUUGGUCGCCCGCCGAGCAGCCAGCGGCCGAGUCGCACGAGCCUUCUCGACGCUUUAGUAUGCUGCUGAUUGCGGCCAUCGAUCGCCGAGCGGAGCGCAAACUCAUCCAAGUCCAGUCGACAAGCGGAGCAUCGACAGGGCGCAAACAUCACGCAGCUCGGGUCGAUGUCGGUGAAGGUAUCCGCUCCACGCUGCACAGCUUGCUGGUGAUGCCUCCUCGCCAUCAUGCCGUCGGUUUGAAACCUUUCCUGAAGCUCCUUGAGCGACGGACUGGCGUGGAGUUGCUCGCAUUUGUUCGCCAGUACGUUGUAAGCAAUAGUAUGCCGCUUUUUCAUUGCGGCUAUCGAUACGAUCCCAAAGAGCACAAGAUCGAGGUCGCUGUGAGACAAACCAAUCAUCGUCGACAGAGCGGUGUUGUUACGGAACCGCUGGUAUUUCGCGGUACUCUGCGCUUGAGCAUACGUGAACCCGAAGAGCACUACACCAUUGAUUUAGAGAUUCAAGAAAGCGUUCACGUUUUUGACGUCUACUGCCGUACCCGCAAGGUAGGUCUCGGUGUACGUGGGCGAGCAGCUGCAGCGGCGGCAGCAGCGGCAGCAGCAGCAACCAGCGUCGAUCACCCGGAUAUUGGCGGUACCAGCAGCGCUGACGCAACAACGACAACAACGACACCCGCUGGAGAGCGACUCCCGCUGACCCAUGAUCCGAUUAUGUGGAUCCGCGUCGACCCUGACAUGGAGUGGGUCAGGGGGGUAUUCUGGCGCCAGAAUGAGCGAGCCUGGGUUCGUCAGCUUGCCGGAGAACGCGACGUAUCAAGUCAGAUGGACUGCUGUGAUGCUCUUUAUCUGCAUGCAACCGCAAUAGGUGUGCGCGGUCUCGCAGAGCACGGCCUCCUGAAUGAACAGGUUCACUAUCGUGUGCGCAGCGCUGCAGCGGCAAGUAUUGCCCGCUGGGGUGGUAGCGAAACCCGCUUUCUCGGCCUUGAAAUACUUGUAGACUUUUACGCGAAUCGGUACCUUGUUGGUGAGGACCAAGUGCUUCCUCGUUCGGAUGCCAAGGAGGAUAACCAUUUGGCGAACGUCGACGCCUCGGAUGCACUGGUAGGUAGUCAGGCAGACGCAGCGACGACAGCGGCAACUGCUCCAGGGCGGUUGCAGGAGAAGCGAGCAAGGCUCGGGCGCGAGUGGCUGCAACGACUUCCACGACCGCUGGAUUUCAGUCGAAAUCUGGCGGAAUAUUUUUUGCAAAGAGCUAUGUUGCGAGCCCUCGGGGGCAUUCGGGUCGCGCAAACUGGUGAAGGCGCUCAGCGCACGCCUACCGAUCUAUUUGCGUUGCUAGAUCACGUGCUGCGUUUUCAUAACAACGAAGCGAAUAUGUUUGACGAUGCGUAUUUUCUACGGGAUGCUUUGCUGGCUUUUGCCUCUGCGUCCAGUACCAAUGAAGGCUUGCGCACCAUGGAGGUGGCACGCUGCAUCGAACGCUUUCUGAACCGUGAUCGACUGUUCCCGAGUCAUCAGCGAGCGCUCACUGCCGGUUGUAUCGAGGCCGCAGCCGAGCUGGUCUCCAUCCAGCGGCAAUGUGUAACGUCCGACCGCUCGUCAUCCGAGGCAGUUCGUAUUCAGAACGAUUUCGAGCGUCUCGUUUGGAGUACAUUGCUUGGUCCAGUUAGAGUCGAGCUCGAUCGGUUCGAUGAGGCGCCCACUCGAUCUCGAUUCGAGCAGUACCUGGCCCGCGUCUGGUGGCUCCAUCGUCCGUUUCGAGCGGCAGUCGAGGGUCUCGUGCGAACGGCCGGUGAUCGUCCCGAAGUGGUUCGAUCGCUGCUGGUUAUUGCUGCGGUGGCACCGGAGCCGCUCUAUCCGGUGUUGGUUUUGCGAGCCAUGUGCAAGUUCGCUUCUCGAACGACAAAGCUGGCGAUUUUGCUUCGCAGCGAGCACGAAAUGGCUGCGGUGGCGGUUCGUCAAGUUCUGCGCCUCUUUGCGAGGUAUCGUCACCCGGUUGCGAGGCAGGCUGCUGUGGAAUUCUUCCGAACCAUGUGGGGCUUUGGGGAACCGGCGCCGCUGUUAACUCGUGACGAGUACGGACGUCGCUUGAAGAUGCGCUCCCUGGGUAUGCACGCGCAUGAUGCAGUGGCGGGGUCGCGUGCUAGUCUGAUGCCCCCAGAGCGUUUCGAAGCACCGUUGAUUAUUCGGGUCCCGGCUGUAACUUCCAGGGAAGCUACUGACGAAGCGCCAGCAAACUCGGACCGGGCUGGGCAAAGAUACCAUGGCUCAGCGGUAACCGCAGAUGCCGGAUCGGUGCCGGCGGGCAGCGGCGCACCCGAGCCCGUGGUCGUUGUGCGGCUGCCUCCGAUGGAGACCUCGGGAGCGUCGAGCGUCUUGCCAAACUGCGAUUUCGAGGACCAAGUGUACUUGAAUUAUGCGCGAACGAAGCUGUUCGGUGAGGAGUCUUCGACCAACGAUCAGGAGACAUAG